CCGUCUUCUUUGGCCGUCCCGCACAGAGGUUGAACCGAUCCAUUUUCAUCUGCUGAUAUUACUGCCAGUUUGAUUGAUCGAUGGAGAGGCUGAACUCACGGUUGACAAGUGCAGUUGGAUGAGCAUCAUGCGAUUUUACAGUUGCAUGGUAGACGAGGAACCAGACUGCACAAGCGAUCAAUUCGCGGACCCAGGUUGCAACGAUGAUGAAGAAGAUGAGGGCCAAGACUGCAGAGAUGACGUAGAAGCCGACAACCCAGGCCACAGUGAUGACGAAGAGAAUGUGGAUGAUGUAACACAUGACCUUAUCGUACAAUGGACGCUGAUAGUUGGUCUCUGUGGUUGCUCCGUCUCGUCGUGGAUAAGGUGUAAAGUUGCGCCUCCGAUCGUUCUCAUCGAACAUCUGGCUUUUCGUAGUACACUCCAUGCUGAACUUGGACUUUUUGAUCAGUUCACCUUCGCAGUUCGUCUUAUAUAGGGCCGACUCUCUUUGUGCCCUUCCCAGAUCACGAUUAGGAAAGCAGGUCAUUUUUAGUCAAGAUGUGUCAUUAGGGAAAGAAGUCCCGUUUAAUGAUUCCUACAAUU